AUGAAAUUUCUUGAUAUUGCUUCACUUGACCCAAUAAAUACUGCUCUGAUAUUUGAAAACCCCGAGUGCAGAGUUGUUGGUCGAAUAGAAACCUAUUCUUGUAAACUCGCUGGAGUUGACAAGAAACUUUAUAAAAAUCUUGAAAAUCGAUGGAAUUCUAAAAACAUUUCCGAAUCACAAAGUGUUUCACCUGAACAACAACAUAGUUUUAAUAAUAUAAUUUCUCCUUUUGGUUCAUUGGAACAGCCUUCAUCUCGCAGGACUUUAUUUAAUUUGAUUGCCACUUUAAAUGCUUCUUAUCCUGAUUAUGACUUUUCAGAUGUCAAACCAGACCAAUUUACCAAACAACCAUCAGUUCCUAUGGUGUGCAAUUAUAUAAACAAUACCUUAUUCAAUCUUGGUCGUUCUUAUAUAGUGAACGACCUGAAUUUAUGGCAGGUAAUCGAUGAUAUCAUUGAUUUGAAUGAAUGUAAUGUAUAUUCGUUCAAUCCAGAUAUCGAUUCCGAUCCAAACGCAGAAGAUGGCGCAAUCAAUAAGAAGCUUAAAAGGAUUGUAUUCUUUACUGUUCGAUGUUUGAGUAUCAAUGCACCAUUACAAGAAGAUGAACCUUUGGAUUCUGAAAGCGAAGUAAACGCGAUGUCAUAUGAGGAAUAUGUUAUGGGAGACAUUGAAAUGUGA